AAAAAAUCCGCGGCGGCGGGGGCGAGAUGAAACAAAAUUUUCGCGCGCGCUGCGCGCGCGGAGAAGGUUGUCCUAUUCGCUUCGCCCCCCGUGCUUUCAGAAAAAAAAGGGCCGGCGCCUCAUGUUUUUAAUUUUCGGCGCUGCAGCAAAAUCUGCCAUGAGCGAAUCCGCUAAAAAAAACCGAGCGCGGCACCCCGAGACCAAAGACGAGAAAAAAAGAGCGCCGAGGAGGCGGACCGCGGUGCCAAAACGCGGCCAGAUCGAUGCAGUUUUAGAAGUUUGCACAUCUGUUUCACGUCUAUCCGCAAGAGGUAGCAAUAGGGGCACUUCUGGUCCAAUGAACACAAUAAACAUUCAAGUUGAAGAACGAAAGAUCAACGAAUGUAUG